AUGCUGCGCGGCAUAGGGGGCUUCCUGCUGCCCACCGUGGCUGGCCAGGAAAACGAACCCGAUAGCCUUUUUGAAGAGCUCUUCCAGAAGCUGGACCGUCGCGGGGACGGGAUGGUGGACAUUGUCGAACUGCAGAAAGGACUGGAAGCUAUGGGCAUCCCUCCCGGCCAGGACGGGGAGGUGGGCCGCGAGGUAAUUUUUAAAUCUGCUGAUAUUAACAAGCAUAAUCUGCUGGACCUUGGCACAUUUAUGCAGUACCUUAAAGAUAAUGAGAUAAAAAUGAAGUUGACUUUUAAGAGUUUGGACACAAAUAAUGAAAGAGUGAUUGAUACUUCAGAAAUAAUCAGUACUCUCAACUUAAUAGGUAUACAUAUUUCUGAAAAAGAGGCAUUGAAGAUUCUUGAAAGUAUGGACACUGAUGGGUCACUGACAGUGGAUUGGUAUGAAUGGAGGAAGUAUUUUUUAUUUAAACCUGCAAGAAAUAUUGAAGAAAUUGCCCAUUACUGGAGCCAUUUUACUGCUCAGAGCUUAGAAACAAAGAAUGUGAAGAUAAUAAACCAUUUAAUAGAGAUGAUAAAAGAGGGUGGUGUCAUUUCUUUGUGGAGAGGAAAUUGUGUGAAUGUUCUCAAGCUUGCUCCUGAAAUGGCUGUUAAGGUCUGGUCCUAUGAACAGUAUAAGAAGUGUCUUUCUUCUGAAGGAGCCAAAUUAGGAACAACUGAGAAGUUUGCUUCUACUUCUUUGGCUGGUGCCACUGUUCAGUCUUUUAUUUACCCCUUAGAGGUUUUAAAAACUAAUUUGGCUGUAAGUAAAACUGGACAGUAUUCUGGGUUAUUGGAUUGUGUCAGGAAGAUCUGGAAGCUUGAAAAGGUAACAGGUUUUUACAAAGGCUAUAUUCCUAGUCUUCUGACUGUCAUACUGUAUGCAGGCGUAGACACCACUCUCUAUGAGCUUUUGAAGACUCAUUGGCUAAACACUCACGCAGAGGACCCUGGGUUGGUGAUUUUGAUGGGAAGUUGUGCCUUGCCUAACUUUUGUGGUCAGUUUGUCAGCUACCUCCUGAACCUCACAUGGAGGUUCAAGGGAGGGGAAGACAGAGACCGAGACCAACGGCUGGGGCACUGCACGCUCUCGUCAGAGGUGCUGGUCAGAGCAACUCAUUUACCUGCUGCCGCAGGCCCGCUGCGUUUGCCCGGAGAGAUCCUCGACGCCCGAGCACUCUCUCGACGCCGGGGUAGGCGUUCCUCUCCCCAAACUCCCCUCAGCUCCCGGGUCGACCGUAGGCUGGAACGGCCCCGGCCGUCGCGUUUGGCGCCUCAGCUUCCAACUUCCGGGAGGGCCGACUCCAGCGCGGCGCCUGGGCCACGGCCUCCCACGUGGCGGGCCUCCCGAGGCUCCCCUGGCGCCGCCCGAGAGCCACAGGCGCGGGGCCCCUCGCCUCAGGCGGCUCGGAACCGUGGCGGCUCGCGUCCAGCCAUGGCCGCAGCCGCGCUGACCGCACGGACCCGCCGCCCUGCGGGAGCGCGGCGUCGAGAAGGCGGCAGGUGGCGUGGCCGCCGACGGGACGCCCUCGCUGGGACCAGAAGGAGAGGCGGCCUGCGAUCACCGCCGCCGCGGCCCAGCGCCGGCAGGGCCAUGCUGCGCUGGCCGCGGAGCUUCAUGCUGCCCGCGGCGACCUGCCACACCGACGACGACUACUUCCGCUACAAGAUCCUCUUCCAAGACCUGGACCACAACGGGGGCGGGGUGGUGUACAUCGUGGAGCUCCAAGAGGGCCUGAAAAACUGGAGCUCCUCUUUUGGCCUGCACUCAGAGAAAGUGAGUGGCCGGGAGAAUGUGACCCCGCCAGCCCAGAGAGAUGCUAGGCAGAGGGAUAUUUUUAAAGCUUUAGAUGCCAAUGCUGAUUCCGGAUUGGACUUUGAAGAAUUUAUGCCUUAA